UGGUUGGUCCUAGCUACUUGGGGGGUUGAGGUGGGAGGAUCACCAAGAGGUCAAGGGUGCAGUGAGCUGAGAUCAUGCCAUGGCACUCCAGCCUGGGUGACAAAGUGAGGCCCUGUCUCAAAAAUAAAAUAAAAUAAAAACAAUAUCCCCGCUCUUCCCUCAAGUCCAAGCCAUUUGUGUACUUGUAUGUGCUUCACUUGUUAGUGUUAUCUCACUCUUUGCAACUUGUUCAUUACGUGUAUUUUUCCUUGGCUAAAUCAUGAAUUUUUCGAAGGCAGUUUGUGCCUUUCAACUCUUUUUACCCAGGGUCUAUCAGUGUCUGACUUAUAUAAUGUGUUGUGUAAAAGUUUACGGAAUUAAUCCCUUGGCUGGAAAAGAAAAAAAAUGUGCAGUUCACAAAACAUCUCCAAAUAAAAAUGAAUUAAUAAAAGCGUAUGUUAGGAGAUGUUAUUUUCUCUAAAACAAAUAUUCAGUUUUGUAUAUAAAAUUAUGUUUAAGUUGAGAGGGAAGCAUAAUCAAGAUGCAAAUUGGCCUCAAUAGAUGAAACAUUUGGCCAAAACAGACAAGAUGAAAUUUAGAAGAAGGAUUUUUGAUUUAAGUACAAAAUAUAAAUUACAAAUAUAUAAAAUGGAGAACUGGAUUUGGCAUCAGUGAAUUUUAAUUUACUACAAGCUUUAUAUGACCCAACAAUGAGAUUCUGUUACUAAAAAAUAUAUCAUUUCAUACAGCAUUAAUAUAGGGUCCAGCUGCUGGGAAGUAAUAUCACUGUAGCCUGCAUCAGUUAGACCGUGUCUCAAGUUUGUUUGUUUGUUUGUUUGAGACAGGGUCUCACGCCUGUCACCUAGACUGGACUGCAGUGUCGUGAUCACAGCUCACUGUAGCCUUGACUUCCCAGGCUCAGGUGAUUCUCCCACCUCAGCCUCCUCAGUAGCUGGGGCUAUAGGUGCGUGCCACCAUGCCUGGCUAAUUUUUUGUAAAUUUUUUUUUUUUUUUUUUUAAGUAGAGAUGGGAUUUCGCCGUGUUGCCCUGGGUAGUCUCGAACUCCUGGGCUCAAGCAGUCCACCUACCGCAGCCUCCCAAAGUGCUGGGAUUACAGGCCUGAGCCAUCAUGCCUGGCCUCAAGUAUUGCGUAUAGACCUGAAUGCCACAUUUGAAGAGAUACAUUAACAAACUUGGGACUGUGCAGAAGGCCUUGGCCAGGAGAGUCUAUAAGCCAGGUCACAGGAAGACUAUAAGGGGAGUCUCAGAGCUCUCUUCACGUAUUUAACAGGCUUUAAGGAGGGAGUAAACACUUGUCAUUGCAGAGGCUAUCAAAGAGGGCAAUUUUUAAGUAGGCAGCUUUUACAGCACUCAAGGACUUUCAACAAAACCUGCCUCUGAAGGUGAUAAACUCGGUUACUGGGUAUUCGGUCAGAGACUAAGUCAUGAUCUGUCGGGAUUAUCAUGGAAAGGAUUCUUGAAUUGGGUGGGAGCUGAACUUGACUCCAAAAUUUUAACUCUGAUUUUUUUAUUUCCUUUAAUAGAAGUUCUGUGGUUUUGUAGUAAUAGCUAACAUUUAUAGAAUCCUAAUGUUCCAGUCAAUAUACUAGGUGAAUUUUAUUGAUCAUUUUACUUAAGCCUCACAGUAAUUCUACAUAAUAGGUGUUCCUAUUUCACAGAUGAGGAGACUGUCCUUCCUGUUUCACAGAUGAGGAAACUGAGGCCUAGAGAAGUUUGGCAAAUUGCCUAAGUUCCUACAGCUAGAAAACAGAAACUACAUGGAGAAAGCCACAUGUUACAGAAAAAUGAAAAAGGGGCUAUUUUGUGGCUUGCUUCAUUGAUUUACAUUAACCUGCCUGGCGCUGUGGACACUUCCAUUUGCAACCGCCUUCUAUGCAUCUUGGAUAUCUCUCUAAGUUCUACCUUUUCCUUUUUCUUUUCUGAUCCUUUCUGUUUUGUACCCCACUGCCUUACCCUACAAUAACCGAAUCAGUUUCUAUGGAGAACUGCUGAGCCUUCUGGAGCAACAGAAAGUGUUGACUCAAGCCUGUUUCCUCCACUCCCUUACUGCCCCACCUUCCAGAGAAGUAAAAAAAAAUCUCCCUACCAACUGACUGAUGAUUACAAUUUUUUUUUAAUUGAGAAGCAAAAGUUUUCCUUCAACGGUUAGGUGAUCAAAGGUUUAAAAUGCAAAAUACUUUGAAGAAGAUCCAUUAACUAAAAAAUUCAUUAAUUAAUCAGCAGUUAGAGAUUGUGGGAUUAGUGAUAUGCUUUUCUAAAGAGUAGAAAAGUCGAAGAUGUCUAGACAGAACUUAGUGGCUUUGACAGUGACUACCCUUCUGGGUGUGGCUGUAGGGGGGUUUGUCCUCUGGAAAGGCAUCCAGCGCCGCCGAAGGAGUAAAACAAGCCCUGUGACCCAACAGCCACAGCAGAAAGUGCUGGGCAGUAGAGAGCUGCCCCCUCCAGAAGAUGAUCAGCUGCACUCCAGUGCCCCCAGAUCCUCGUGGGAGGAACGGAUCCUUAAAGCAAAGGUGGUGACGGUGUCUCAGGAGGCAGAGUGGGAUCAAAUCGAGCCCUUGCUUAGAAGUGAAUUAGAAGAUUUUCCAGUACUUGGAAUUGACUGUGAGUGGGUAAAUUUGGAAGGCAAAGCCAGCCCUCUGUCACUUCUACAAAUGGCCUCUCCAAGUGGCCUCUGUGUCUUGGUUCGCCUGCCCAAGCUAAUCUGUGGAGGAAAAACACUACCAAGAACAUUAUUGGAUAUUUUGGCAGAUGGCACCAUUCUGAAAGUUGGAGUGGGAUGCUCAGAAGAUGCCAGCAAGCUUCUGCAGGAUUAUGGCCUCGUUGUUAGGGGGUGCCUGGACCUCCGAUACCUAGCCAUGCGGCAGAGAAACAAUUUGCUCUGUAAUGGGCUUAGCCUGAAAUCCCUCGCUGAGACUGUUUUGAACUUUCGCCUUGACAAGUCCCUUCUACUUCGUUGCAGCAACUGGGAUGCUGAGACUCUCACAGAGGACCAGGUAAUUUAUGCUGCCAGGGAUGCCCAGAUUUCAGUGGCUCUCUUUCUUCAUCUUCUUGGAUACCCUUUCUCUAGGAAUUCACCUGGAGAAAAAAACGAUGACCACAGUAGCUGGAGAAAAGUCUUGGAAAAAUGCCAGGGUGUGGUCGACAUCCCAUUUCGAAGCAAAGGAAUGAGCAGAUUGGGAGAAGAGGUUAAUGGGGAAGCAACAGAAUCUCAGCAGAAGCCAAGAAAUAAGAAGUCUAAGAUGGAUGGGAUGGUGCCAGGCAACCACCAAGGGAGAGACCCCAGAAAACAUAAAAGAAAGCCCCUGGGGGUGGGCUAUUCUGCCAGAAAAUCACCUCUUUAUGAUAACUGCUUUCUCCAUGCUCCUGAUGGACAGCCCCUCUGCACUUGUGAUAGAAGAAAAGCUCAGUGGUACCUGGACAAAGGCAUUGGUGAGCUGGUGAGUGAAGAGCCCUUUGUGGUGAAGCUACGGUUUGAACCUGCAGGAAGGCCCGAAUCUCCUGGAGACUAUUACUUGAUGGUUAAAGAGAAUCUGUGUGUAGUGUGUGGCAAGAGAGACUCCUACAUUCGGAAGAACGUGAUUCCACAUGAGUACCGGAAGCACUUCCCCAUCGAGAUGAAGGACCACAACUCCCACGAUGUGCUGCUGCUCUGCACCUCCUGCCAUGCCAUUUCCAACUACUAUGACAACCAUCUGAAGCAGCAGCUGGCCAAGGAGUUCCAGGCCCCCAUCGGCUCUGAGGAGGGCUUGCGCCUGCUGGAAGAUCCUGAGCGCCGGCAGGUGCGUUCUGGAGCCAGGGCCCUGCUCAACGCGGAGAGCCUGCCUGCUCAUCGAAAGGAGGAGCUGCUGCAAGCACUCAGAGAGUUUUAUAACGCAGACACUGUCACAGAGGAGAUGCUUCAAGAGGCUGCCAGCCUGGAGACCAGAAUCUCCAAUGAAAACUAUGUUCCUCACGGGCUGAAGGUGGUGCAGUGUCACAGCCAGGGUGGCCUGCGCUCCCUCAUGCAGCUGGAGAGCCGCUGGCGUCAGCACUUCCUGGACUCCAUGCAGCCCAAGCACCUGCCCCAGCAGUGGUCAGUGGACCACAACCAUCAGAAGCUGCUCCGGAAAUUCGGGGAAGAUCUUCCCAUCCAGCUGUCGUGAUAGCUGCUUUCCUCCCAGUUAGGACAGGUGGGAAGCUGGAGCCAAGGUCGAAGAGUCGCCUGUUCCCAUUUUAAUACAUCAUUAAUUGUCAAAGCCUGGGUGACACAACUCAGAAUACUAACCUAGACUAAUUCCAGGAUGCUUCUGCUGGAGCAAAGAUAUUGUUUGAAGGAGAGUUUAUGGUUUUGGAUUUUAAACGGGCAGGGUCUUUUUUCCUCUCUUAUUUUUGUGGACAAGAGAGGCCUUUGCCUUUAUUUUUACUCUCCCUCUUCUGCUGUCCCUGUGCAGAGGAAAAAUGAAGAAUUCUCCCAGAAGUGACUUGUCAAGACUUUAAAAAAAUGUUUUUAAUGCAUUUCUUCCUUGUCUAGUGCCUCGGUUUAUCUCUAACAGGGGCUGUCCAGUAUAUCAGUCCCGUUAGGAGGGGAGAAAAAGUUCUUCCAAAGGCUGGAGAAGUGAACAAGGAGUCAAAUUUAUUUUCCCAAUUCAACUUUGUAAUUAUCAUUUCUUUGGCUUCAUGCUCUCCCUAACUCAUGUGGUUGGGAUCCAUCCCAUCUGGGUCACUUCAGUCUACUUCACAUACUUGAAAAGGCCUUCCUUUACACUUCCAGGACCAAACAGCAACUUCCUGCCACACGCUUCCACCCUAUCACUGGGAGAAAUCCUUUUCUGGAAAUGAGCCUUUGACCUGGGUGGGGCAGAAAGAACCACAAACUCCAUCUCCCAAUAGAACUUUGAAAUUCACUCAGCUUUUCCUUUCAUGCUGUUUGUUGCCUGCUUGUUGCACUCCUCCUGCCCCAGAACUGCAAGAUUUUUAGCUUCACCCCUUUCUGAGAGGAAUGUUAUCUUUUAUCAGAAUCAGUAUCAGUUCCCCUGUAUUCUGUGCUUCAUCGAAUUUGCAAGACUGACCUCUUUUAAGCAUUUAAUUCACUCCCAGAGUCAUCUGGUCAGGUUGCAGUAUGAGGACUUCUGUCUCCUCUGAAGCCUGGGACACUGAGCUUACUUAAUACAUUAGAUGUUCAAGAGGAGUGUUGUUUCAUCUUUCAAAAUGUUAGGCCAUCACUUUGAGUAUAAAACUGACUUAUUAAUGAUUAGUAAUUUUUCUAAAAUAUUAGGAAAACUUUCUUAUUUUAUAAGAUCUUAACAAGCUUAAAAAAGAAUUUUAUGACCAGAAUCCAACAAGAGCUCUAUUUUGGAAUUGUGCCCAAGUUGGUGAUAUUUACUCUAAAAUUGAUAAUAAAACUACUUGUAAGCACAAGGCUCACUGGAUGUAAAUGUAAAACUUCAUGACUUUAAAAAACUGGUAAGCGUUCCUAGGGGAAGGGCUAUUUAUCCUACGGGUCCCUGCCUCCUGGCAGUGCCAUGGUAUGUGUGCAUGGAUAUACCACACACAGUCACCAUCGGCCAUCAGUAGCAGCCCAUGAACCCACGUGCACAUCCUGCAUCUUGCUCCUCUGACCCUUCAUUCCCACUUGUCUUCAAGCAGGCAUUUCUGGGAUCUAAACUAGAAAUCCUUUAAAACAAAUAGUACCAGCCACUUUGAGGAAUGUGCAUUCACUAUAGUGGGUUAUUAUGGGGUCUCUGCCUCCUGGCUGUGUUAUGUGGAGCCCAGGAGUGGAGGAGAGCUGUGGAAAUAGACGGGGAGAGGCUGGUACUUGGGUUGUGGUAAUAGUCAGGCUUGCCACAAGAGGGCACUCAUAGAUUUGUUUUUAUAUUCAUUCUUGAGAAAAAAGCAACUGGUUACUGAACGUAACUCAUGACUUAUGUUUCAAAUUUUGCAUAGCUGAUUUUAAGUCAUUUUGAUAGCUUUGCAAGAAAAAUUUUUCCUUUGAAACAAGGGAGUAGGGCUGUUUCAUUUUCUUUCCUUCUAAUCCUCAUGCCAAGAGGUGAGAAACACUUAAGGUCAUUUAAGGUGCUAGGGAAUGAGUUUUCCCAUGGAGCUUUCUGUGAGGCGCAGUAAAAUAGAGCCAGCAGCAAAGUAGAGGAAAAAGCCAGACUGUGUCACACAAGAUUUCUCAUCCUUUUCAGGAGAGAGUUACUGUGUAGAUUUGAAUCUUUUUUCUUCGAGUCUGCUUCGAACUUUAGCAGGCUUUUCCUAAGACUGACAAUUGUCAUCUUAAAUCAGAGAUUUGAGGGUAGACUUAUUUUAUGGUAAAUGUCUAUUUUUCUGAUAUAAAAGUAACAAUGCUCAUUACAGAAGAGUCUAAACAAAGAAUAAAAAUUAGCCAUCUUCUCUCCAUAUAAAACAGAGCUAAACUUUGCUGAUAUGUUUAUGAAUUUCCUUUCAGUAUAAAAAGUGCAUAUAAGGUGUAUAAUAUUUACACAAAAUUGAAGGUCAUACAUGGAUACAGGUUGGUAUCCUAACUUUACCCUCUCACUGAUUAACACGGUAUCACCAAUAACUUCAUAUGUUUUUAAAUCUUUGAAAAUCGAUUUCUAGUGGUUCUACCUUAUCCAUCCCCACACUGUUGAAAAUUUUGGUUGUUUCAGAUACUUUUAUUAUCAAUGAUGAUGUGAUAAAGUUUCUUAUAUAUA